AGUUAACCGCGCAGACUCUUAAAAGAUUCCUUACUUAAGCUUCAAGAUGGACCAACCCAGGUACCCUCCGCCGAAGCGCCGUCGAACUUCGAGCGCCGAUUCCUCCUCGUCUCGCAAUUCCGUGGGCCCUCGAUCACACCCUCCUCCACUCGGGCCUUCACAAUCAGCGCGCUCAAGAGAAGACUCAAGAAGAAGAAGAUACUCGAGCUCACGGAGCCGAGAUGCAAGUAGAGACGAUACACGUCCACGUCGGCGCUCGAGGAGUCGCUCACGCUCCAGAAGACGGUCUAGUCGAAGCCCGACAGGCAGCUCCGCCUACGAUUCCGCACCGGAACACCAAAAUGACCGCCGACGAUCACGACAGAGACGCCAGUCAAGGUCACGAUCCAGGUCAUACUCCUCAUCUCGCGACCGCUCGUACUCACCGUCCUACUCCCCAGAUGCUCGUGCUCCACCAUCCGAGACGGCGAAAUCGAAAUCGAAAUCUAAUUCCCUGACCUUUACAUCCCUCCUGACCAUCCCCCGCGUCCACGCCAGAGGCAUCACAUCGCUCAAGUUCUCGCCAGACAUGACCUUGCUCGCAACAGCGUCCGCGGACAACACAAUCAAUAUUUACUCGGUCCCUGCGAACCCCAGUCCAGACACACCCUUUAAACACCUGCGCACGCUCCGCGCGCACCUGGCCGGCGUCAACGCCAUCGCGUGGUCCCCCGUCGGCCCGCACUACACACUCGCGUCGGCGAGCGACGACAAAUCGAUUCUGCUUUGGUCGCCGCUGAGUUCCGACUUCCCGAUCUCGCCGUCUCCGCUGAUCGGUCAUAGUAACUAUGUCUACAGUCUGGCCUUCAGUCCGAAGGGGAAUAUGCUUGUGAGCGGGAGUUACGAUGAAGCCGUGUUUCUGUGGGACGUGCGCGCGGGCAGGGUCAUGAGGAAGUUACCGGCGCAUUCCGAUCCUGUGCGCGGGGUGGAUUUCCUCAGAGACGGGACCAUGGUCUGCAGUUGUAGUUCGGACGGGCUGAUCAGGGUCUGGGACGCGGGGACGGGCCAGUGUCUCAAGACGCUUGUCGAUGAAGAUCGGCGGCAGGUCACGAGCGUGCAGUUCACGCCGAAUGGGAAAUAUCUGGUCGCGUGGACGCUGGAUGGGUGCGUGAGGCUGUGGAGGUACAGCGAGGGUGCUUGUGUGAAGACGUAUCAGGGCCAUGUCAAUGCGAGAUACAGCCUCGGUGGCGUCGUGGGAGGGUACAGAGGCACGGAACAGGGGAUGGGCGCGUUCCUGGCCAGUGGCAGCGAGGACGGCGAGGUGGUCGUUUGGGAUGUGACGAGUAAAAACGUGCUGUGGAGGGGAAAGGGCCACAGGGAUGCUGUGCUGAGUCUGGAUUGGGGCAGGACGAAAACCGGCAAGGGGCUGUUGGUCAGUGGAGGCAAGGAUCGGGACAUCAGGGUCUGGAUGCUCGUGGAAGAGGAACAUCAGAGCGCUGAGGGUGGUGAUAACGAUAUGGAUCCCAAUAUGGGUAUGGAGAUGGAUGUGGACGGCGAGCGAGAGAAUGUGAAUGUGAAUGGCGAUCGAAUGGAUCUUGACCGGGGGAUGGUGGAUAAUUGAAAAAUGUCUCAUGUCAGCGUCGAGGAGGAGCGGGACCUUGGGUGAUGGAAUCAAUUAAAAUUUCAGUGCAUGCGAUUUACACCUUCUCGUUCCGCCUUGCAAGAGCACGACGCGUUCGUUAGGUAUCUGAC